UCUUCCUGGCAUUCCACCUGCUGCUCCUGUUUCUGCUCCUCAUACUUCCACUGUCUCUUCUCUGCCACCAUUCUUUCUUCUUCCUGGCAUUCCACCUGCUGCUCCUGUUUCUGCUCCUCAUACUUCCACUGUCUCUUCUCUUCCACCAUUCUUUCUUCUUCCUGGCAUUCCACCUGCUGCUCCUGGUUGUGCUCCAGUCUCUAACCCAAAGUAAGUUUUGACUUGACCAUUUCAGAAUAAAAUAUCUAUAAAGUUUACCACAUUUCCAGGAUGUAGAUGCUGACAGGUGUGUGUUGUGUUUUGUCUCUACAGAAAGAGAAAGCGUGAGCACCAGCAGCAGGACCGCCCCUAUGUGAAGAAGCCACUAAAUGCCUUCAUGAUCUUCCUGCAGGACCAGAGGCCAAAGGUGGUGGCUGAGCUGAAUCCGAAAGACAGCGCUGCUGUCAACGCCGUCGUAGGCCAGAGGUGGAGGGAACUGUCUCCUGAGCAGAGGAGCAUCUACUUCGACCAGGCUCACGAGGAACAGAGGCUCCACAAGCAGCAGCACCCGGGCUGGGUCCCCAACUACAACCCUGUACGUACACUCUGCUCAGACACCAUGAACUCACACACCUGAUGCUGAUGAACACUUACUGAUAUAAAGCUCGUGUGUGUGUUUUUGGGACCAGAAGGCAAAACGAGUUAAGAAGGAGCCGGCCGCCAGCUCUGCAGGUAAGAAACAUUUCUGUGGAUCAUUAGAUGUGAUGA